AUGAUACUUGAAAAACUUGAGAACAAUGUAUCUGCGAAACUAGGUAAAGAUAUUCGAAUUGCUGAUAUGUUUGAUAUGGUGGCCAGUACUUUGACAGGUUCUAUUCUUUCUUUGGGGCUCACGGUGUCAGAAGAAAAAACAAAAUGUCCAAAAUAUAAGGCAUCUGAUCUGGUAGAAAUUUAUAAGAAAGAUGGGAGUGAGGUCUUUAAAAAGUGUCACUUUUUGGAGAGCACUGAAAUAACUAUUAAGAUGAAACAAGAUCCUGUAGUUGGCAUAUUCGAUUAUGCAUAUCUUAAUACCAUAGAAGUAGAAGAGCCAUCAACAACAAAUGUGACAAUCCAACAAAAUUCGGAGAAGGAAAAGUUUGGAGACAAAACACUUAAAGAUACUUUAAGUGAUGUGCUAAUUCCAGCUUAUAACAUAACUGAGACAAAGGUUGCUUACUUCACCAACGAUUCUAACUCUCCUGACUCUUAUAAAAUAAGUGAUGUGAUUCUAGCUAGUAGUGCUGCGCCUACUUAUUUUCCAGCCAAAGAAAUAGAUAACAAUUUAUACAUAGAUGGAGGCGUUUUUAUGAAUGAUCCGGCUUUUGAAGCUUAUUUGGAGGCAAAAAAAAAUUUUCCUCAAGCAAAAAACAUUGUUGUAUGUUCUCUAGGAGCAGGAUAUUUUCAGGGGGCGUUAAAACAACUGGCAACAAGUGGAUCGUUUCGUUGGGCGGCUCCACUAAUUUCUUGUAUGAUGAAUUCAUCAAGUAAACUUGUUGGAAGUUAUUUAGAAAAUUUGAAAACUGAACAAGAUUUUAAUUAUUAUCGCCUUCAAUGUGAUUUAACAGAAGAAAUUCCUUUGUGUGAUAUAAAACCGGAGAUGCUUGAAAAACUCGAAAGUUAUGCUAAUAAUAUUAUUGGGGGCACUGAAUUUGAAAAUCUGGUUGAUGAUAUUGUUAAGGAUCAGGAAAACUAA